AUGCCCGCAGCUGUCGACGAUAUGGCCUCAAUGAGUUCACAAAGCACCAUGGACGCGAAUGAUAAGAAGCGCAAUAAGUUAGGAUAUCAUCGAACCUCCGUCGCAUGUGACGCAAAACCUAAAAAUGACCCCUUUCGGGAGUGGGGUUUUGCAUGUGAUCAUCUUACUUAUACAUUCACAGUACAUUGUCGACGACGAAAGAUUCGAUGUCUGGUAGCGCCAGAUGAUACGGAAGGACGAUGUGAGAAUUGCAUUCGAUUGCGAAAGGAUUGUCAGUUUUUCCCGGUGGACCAACAACCGCCGAUUGAAAAGAAAUCACGACCAAGCUCAAGACUCGAAACUCCUUCCACUGAGCGCUCUAAUACCACGCCGAUUACCUCCUCUCCGACUGGUUUGAUGCCCGAUACGUCCGAGGCUUUCUAUACAUACCAGGCCAUGCCAAUGAACACUUCUGCCGCCCCGGACAUGCCGAAUUACAACAUCGGAAUGGUGCAAAAUGGCAUGAGUUUACCGCCAGAUCGACCUAUGGGACCAGGAGACUUUGCCGGGCAUCAACCAAUGGACACAGGAGUUGCAUGGGACGAAUUUACGACAAUAGCAGAUCCACAACUUUUGAAUACAAUGGCAACCGCAAAGAGCCAGAUGAUGAACAUGGCGCCCAACGUAUGGAAUCCCAACAAUAUGCCCUCAGCACUACCCUCCAGCCUACCACCCCCUUCACCGAUAUCCGCCGCAUCCUCGAUGGGAGGCCCGGCACAGCCCAUGGGCCAAACACCGGCAUACGCCAUGCAGCCGGACGGAACGGUCUGGCAAGUCCCGCCACCACCGCCGCCACCGCGAACCAUGAGCUACCCGGGACAAGACAUGGGCUCUUCAUAUCCUAAUCAGUUCCACCCUCAAAUGGCGCCGGAGCUCAAGCGCAGAAUGACAACUCCCGCACAACCGCUGUCUGCUACGAAUACAAUGGGCUCCCCAGAUGCACCUGAGAUGCAGACGGGAUCGGUCUCAUAUCCGCCAGGCAUGAACUACACGCAAUGGCAGGAUAUGAGCGCUAUGUCUGGGAUGGGCGUUGUGCCUUACCCCAUGUACGCUGCUGAUGCACUUCCGCAACAUCCUUACCCUACGAAUCCUCCGCCGAUGGGACAUCCUGGGCCACCGUCACGGUCACCGAAUUGA